AUGGUCCAGAGAGCCACAACGGCCAGCAGCGGACCACUCAACCUUAUCAUCAGUACGGUGGAACAGGAACCUUACAUCACUCGAACCCCGGACGAUCGGUACGAGGGCUUUCUGGUGGAGCUCAUCACCGAGAUUUCCAAGAAGGCGGGUUUUACUUUUCAGUUCCGCCAGCCGGCAGAGAAGAUCCAUGGGUUCAACACCAUGCAGAGUGGCUGGACCGGGGUCAUUGGUGACGUCGUUGCUGGGAGAGCUGAUAUCGGAGGCGCUGCCCUGACGGUCACAUCGGAGAGGGAGGAGGUUGUUGACUUCACCAAACCUUUCUUGUCCAACAGUGUCAGCCUGCUGGUCCAUAAACCUACCUGGAACGAUCUUGGCCUGGGAUAUCUGGUCCGCCCCAUCUCUUCAGACUACUGGAUUUUCAUUCUCGUCGUGCUGUUUCUUGUUGGCAUCAUCUUCUUCAUCAUCGGAAAAUUCAGCCCGUACGAGUGGGGCAAUGUGGCGGCAGAACGAGACCCCAGGGGCGCCCAGAACAGCUUCACUCUCAGGAACAGUUACCUAUUCGCCCUCAGCACAAUUACAUGGCAGGGAUACCGGGAGGCGCCUCAUUCUAUCUCAGGUCGUAUUUUGGCCGUCGCCUGGUGGAUUUUUGUUUUACUGACUCUUAUAGCGUACACUGCCAACCUUACAGCCUACCUGCUUGCCAGGCCGGAGCAGUUGCCUGAGAUGCCCUUCACGACAUAUGAGGAUCUUGUUGAGAGCACCACCAUUCGAGCUGGAGCACUUAACUUUGGAUCCACUCAAAACCUGUUGAGAAAGAGCCGCAGUGAUACUCUCAAAUCAUUAUGGACAAAGAUAAGCGCACAGAACUCUUGGGUAAACAGUUAUGAUGAGGGUGUGCAACGAGUCGUCAGCUCCAAGGGGACCUUUGCCAUGAUCAUGGAGACGGCUAGCGCUGAAUACGCUGCCAGAAGGAACUGUAAUCUAAUGCUCUAUGGGGAGAAUCUCUUCCCGAGUUCCCUGGCGUUUGCUGUGAGAAAGGGAUCUGUUUGGAAGACGAUAUUCAACAAGGCGAUUGAUGAUCUGAGGGAGAACGGCCGCCUCGACCAACUCAAGGAUAAAUACUGGCGCUUCAAGGGAGAAUGUUCCAACAUUGAUGGCAGGAAAUACUUUAAAACAGGGACCCACCUCAGCUCUCUGCCCAUCUACCCACUGACCAUGAAGGAUAUGGCAGUGGCCAGCAUUUUCUUCUUCGUUGGCGUGAUCGUCUCAUUGAUUUUCCUGGUCGUGGAAGUGAUUCACUACGCGGUCACCAAGAAGGGCAAGAAGAUUGAGAGGCCCCAGGUCCUCAAGCACAGACCAAAGAUCUUCCGGCCCAAGAAUAAGGCAGCCAAAGCCGGACCCACCGAUGUGGAACAGGGUGAAGCGGGCCCAUCAUCUGACGGUCUGGAAAGUGUACCUCUAGACUACACAGAAGAUCAAGGCCUCAGCGCCGAUGAGGGCGAGAAACCUGAAGCCUAG